CCCGUCUUUGCACCACCAUGACCAGCCGCUAUGCCAAAUUGAUCGACCAGAAAUAUUUUAUUGCACCGGCUUUUACCCUCGAGUCUGGUGUUACCCUCCGUGAUGUACCUGUUGCGUACAAGACUUGGGGAAGGCUCAAUGAAGAGCGGGAUAACGUUUUGGUUAUUUGUCAUGCGUUUACUGGGAGCUCCGAUGUUGAAGACUGGUGGGGACCUCUAAUGGGUCCAGGGAAAGCGUUCGACCCGAAGAGAUACUUCAUUUUUUGUGGAAAUGUCAUGGGCUCGCCUUAUGGCUCUGCGUCACCAGUGACUGUCAAUCCUGAUACUGGAGAACCUUAUGGACCGGAGUUCCCUGCUACGACUAUACGGGAUGACGUUCGCCUGCAUAAACUGGUGUUAGAUCACCUGGGUGUUGCAUCUGUCGCAGUAGUGAUAGGAGGGUCCAUGGGCGGUAUGGCCGUCCUGGAAUGGCCACUCUGUACACCUCCAGGCUUCGUACGACACAUAAUACCCAUCGCUACCUCCGCACGACACUCCGCAUGGUGUAUAUCCUGGGGUGAAGCUCAACGACAAAGUAUCUACUCCGACCCUGCAUAUGACGACGGGUACUAUACACUUGGUAAAGAACCUAACUCUGGCCUCGCUGCGGCGCGUAUGGCGGCACUGCUGACUUAUCGGACGCGGGAUAGUUUCGAGUCGAGAUUUGGGAGGAAACCGCAGAAGACGAGGGAUGGUGAGGUGGUGGCUAUGUUGACUCCGCCAAGGUCGCCUGUGGGAUCGCAGGAUGCGCUUGCUGCGCAUAAUGAUGGACAUAAAAACGCGAAGCCGCGUCCGUUACGCACCAGCAGCAAUAGUACUGGCAAUGCACAAACGUCAAGACCGAUUUCACCUCCAACAGGUCCAGGCUCAUCAUCUUCAUCAUCGACUCCCGUUCCACCAUCCUCAUCCACACCAGUAUCAAAACCAACCGUAUACUCUGCACAGUCCUACCUCCGUUAUCAAGGAGACAAAUUCACCGCCCGCUUCGACGCAAACUGCUACAUCCACAUCACCCGCAAAAUGGACACACACGACAUCGCCCGAGGCCGAUUCGACAUCCAAACUCCAGCAGACGAAUCCCGCGCCCUAGCUUCCAUCCUCUCCACCCUCCCCCGUCGUGCACUAGUCAUAGGCGUCCAAUCAGACGGCCUCUUCAUGGUCUCCGAACAACGCGAAAUCUUCGAACACAUCCCCGACGCCGAACUCGUCAUCAUCCAAUCUCCUGACGGACAUGACGGCUUCCUCCUCGAGUUUCAGCAGAUUAACACUCAUAUUCUAAGAUUCUUGAAGAGGGAGUUCCCGAGUUAUUAUGAGAAGGAAGACGUAGAGGAGACACCUGUUGAAGGAUUUGAGAUUAAUAAGACCAGUGUGUUUGGAGAGGCGGAGGCGGAUAUCACGCGUUGGUAACAUUGCCAAUUUUCUUCGCCUCUUAUUAUUUUAUUUUUUUGCGGAUUUGGUUUGCAUUUGUUCAACCCAAAUGCAUCAAGCCAACCGAUUUUUCUCACUCUUUUCUUGCUUUUGAGGGAAAGAAAUGCACGGACAUCGGAAGCAUGUACGCAUAGCAUUAAAUCACAUAGUAACCACAAUAACA